AUAAAUAUAUAUUACGUAUUGUGCGUAUGAGUUAAAAAUCAGACGAACUUUAAGUUAUUAAACUUACUGCGUUUUAUUAUUCAUAAUACCAUUGUAAUAAUAAUAAUAACAUUUAUUAUUAUUAUUAUUUAUCAUAACGGAUAAUUAGAGUAUGAUCAAGUCUUUAUGGAUAAAUAAUUUUGAAUUUAUUGUUGAUAAUAAAAAUACAGUAAACAUUUGUGCUGAAAAUAUUUUUAAUUUGAGUGAUUGUUUGAACGAUAAUAUAAAUAAGGAUAAUAAUAAAAAUAUAAAAUGCCACCGAAACAAAGGAAAAUAGCAAUUAUGGGAUACAGAUCUGUUGGUAAAUCGUCAUUGAGUAUACAGUUUGUUGAAGGACAGUUUGUUGAUUCUUAUGAUCCAACAAUUGAAAAUACUUUUACUAAAAAUACUCGGGUAAAUAGUCAAGAUUAUGAAGUUAAAUUAGUUGAUACAGCUGGUCAAGAUGAAUAUAGUAUAUUUCCCACCCAAUAUUCCAUGGAUAUACACGGAUAUGUUCUAGUUUAUAGUAUAACGAGUGCUAAAAGUUUCGAAGUUGUACAAAUAAUUUAUGAUAAAUUAUUGGAUAUCACUGGAAAAAAUCAUGUCCCAAUCGUUUUAGUCGGCAACAAAACAGAUUUAUACGUAGACAGAAUGGUAACAACCGAACAGGGAAAAAAAUUAGCCGAUUCAUGGCAAGCAGUUUUUUUGGAAACAAGCGCCAAACAAAACGAAUCUGUCGCUGAUAUAUUUCAUACACUUCUAAUGGAAAUCGAAAAAGCCGACGGCAACGUUCAAGAAAAAUCAAAUUGUUUAAUAUCAUAACUUUUAAUUAAACAAAUAAAUAAAUUUAUUAUUCAAUAAUUUCAA